CUCCUCCGACAUUGUAUGUCUUUUACUAAUAUAUUAUUAUUCCUCGAUCCCUCCUCUCUGCCUGUUUAUAUUUUCCUCCUCUUCCCGCUCCACUUUCGGUUCUGUUGAGGGAAAACGCUUCUAUUACCAUUGAGACAGUAAGAGGUUUCUUUUUUUAAAUGAAACCAUAUUAACCUGGAGAUAAGCGAUAACCAACUGUGGAAUCUCUCUCUCAUUCCUUCGGUCUCUUUCUCAAACAUUCUCAUCGAUGCUGUUCAAUUAUUUGUAAAUUAUUUCCUCAUUACUCAUUUCUUUUCGACCCUAUUCUCUCUCAUUUUUUUGGUUUUCAACAUUCUUCUUUAUGUAACGCACACCAAACUCUCUUCUACCAAAGCCAUGGUUUGUAUAUAUAACGACAGUGAUGUCUAAGUAGUAAAAAAAAAAGUAAGCUUUGAAGCUUUUUUUUUUUUUCAACCCAUAUUUAUUGAGAGAAAUCCUUCCCCCGACUCUUCGACUGCUCGAGCAGUAUCAGUUGUUAGCUAUGGAGCAUCUGAUCCCGGUCAUUAACAAAUUACAGGAUGUCUUCAAUACAGUCGGUUCGGAAACCAUUCAACUUCCACAGAUCGUGGUGAUCGGAAGUCAGAGUUCUGGUAAAAGCUCUGUUUUGGAGAGUUUGGUAGGGAAAGAUUUUCUACCUCGGGGAUCUGGUAUAGUCACCAGACGGCCUCUUGUUCUUCAAUUGAUACACAUAGGUAAAGCUGAAAUUGAAACUCGGCGACAAGAAUCAACCGAUGGAGAACAUAUUGAAGAAUGGGGCAAAUUCCUUCACACCAAAAACAAAAUCUACGGCGAUUUUGAAGAAAUUCGACAGGAAAUUCGAGCUGAGACAGAACGGAUGACAGGGACAAAUAAGGGCAUCUCACAGGAUGCCAUUCACUUAAGGAUUUAUUCUGCUAGUGUUGUUAAUUUAACACUGGUUGACUUGCCAGGCAUUACCAAAGUACCCGUAGGAGACCAACCCGAGGAUAUUGAAAUGCAGAUUAAAGAGAUGUGUAUGAAGUAUAUCAGCAACCCCAACUCGAUAAUUCUGUCAGUAACUGCUGCUAACACCGACAUGGCUACCUCUGAAUCCUUGGCUCUUGCUCGGGAAGUUGAUCCUGAAGGUCGACGUACUUUGGCUGUUAUUACUAAACUAGACCUUAUGGAUGCUGGUACUGAUGCUAUGGAAGUACUCUGUGGACAUGUGAUACCUGUUAAGCUUGGUAUUAUUGGUGUGGUGAACAGGAGUCAAGCAGACCUCAAUAAUCAGAAGAAUAUGGCAGAUUGUCUUCGUGAUGAAGCUUCCUUUCUCCAACGGAAAUAUCCCUCAAUAGCCAACCGAAAUGGUUCUAUGCAUCUUGCAAAGACCCUCAACAGAUUACUUAUGCACCAUAUCCGAGAUUGCUUACCAGAAUUGAAAACCAGGGUUAAUGUCCUAAUUGCUCAGUUCCAGAGUUUAUUGAAUUCAUUCGGAGAACCAGUGGAAGAUAAAGGCCAGUUACUCCUGCAAAUCAUCACCAGGUUUGCUUCUGCUUAUUGUAAUACAAUUGAAGGGACAGCUAAAAAUAUUGAAACCACAGAAUUAUGUGGUGGUGCAAGGAUUUGUUAUAUUUUCCAUGAGACCUUUGGUCGCACUUUAGAAUCAGUUGACCCUCUUGGUGGUCUUACCACACUGGAUGUACUCACUGCCAUUAGGAAUGCCACUGGACCCAGGCCAUCUUUAUUUGUUCCUGAAAUCUCAUUUGAAUUGUUAGUGAAACGUCAAAUUCGUAGACUGGAAGAGCCAAGUUUACGCUGUGUGGAACUUGUUCAUGAGGAGAUGCAAAGAAUCAUUCAACAUUGUGGAACACAGCAAGAAAUGUUGCGGUUUCCGAAAUUACAUGAAAGAAUAGUGGAUGUUGUUACAUAUUUACUUCGGCGCCGUCUACCACCAACCAAUGCAAUGGUAGAAAACCUUGUUGCUGUCGAGCUUGCUUACAUCAACACUAAACAUCCAGAUUUCACAGAGGCUAACUUAGUUCACAAGACAGCUGUAGAAGACACUCAGGAUAGGCGACUGGUUAAAGACAGUGGUACUCCAGCUAAGACGGCGCCAAUACCUGAUGUGACAGAAAUUAGAGAAAAUAAAGAGCUUAAAGUUGUAGACUCAGUCAAUAAAAAAGUUCAGUUUUCUUCUACUGUCCACCCAUCCAAGCCAUCUCUCCCAAAGGAGGGAAGUUCUGUACCCUUAGUUGAUGCUAAUUCCUUGGACAAAACUGAUGUAGGGUCCCUACCCGCUACUAAUGGCAGUCGCUGGAUCUCCUCAUGGGUGAAAAGCAAUAGGAUUGAAAUGCUAGUGGCCGAUGACUGCUCCGAGCGCAGUGUGGCAUCUUCACGGCCCAGUAGUGCCCCUGGCAGUGCUGUCCAGUCGCCUGUGCACCAGAAGAAAAGCCUGAAUCUCUUACCCGAGGUGCCCACAAUUACACCCAUGAGAAAGCUGUCUGCCCGAGAGCAAAGAGAUUGUACUGUUAUAGAACGUCUUAUCAAAGCUUACUUCUUGAUUGUCCGUAAGAGUAUACAAGACAGUGUACCGAAAGCUAUUAUGCACUUUUUAGUUAAUUACGUCAAGGACAACUUACAGAGUGAGCUCGUUAGUCAAUUAUACAAGAAGGAAGAGAUCGACACCUUACUGGAUGAGUCCGAACACAUUGCUACCCGGAGAAAAGAAGGUCACGAAAUGUUACAAGCUUUACAACGUGCUAGCCAGAUCAUUAGUGAAAUCCGUGAGAUUCACCUAUGGUGACCAGCUGCCUUCUUAUAGUUGCACAAUCCUUUACAGUCUAUCAGGAGUAACAUGGGGACAGGCUGGCUGCUGUUGCCGCUUUCAUCACACCACCAAAGUCGAGCUUCGGAGUCUAUUGUCGGUUCUUUACUUCAUCAGCCUCACUUUCGUCUUCUGCUCUCCGAAAAAAUGUUUUUCUCUUCCUCUCUCUCUCUCUUGCUCUUUUUUCUCUUUCUUUCUUUUUUUUUUUUUGUACUCUGUACUGACAAAACGUUGUCUUGUGCUCACUAACUCCGUAAUGGAUGCAGGAUCCUCAUUGACCAGCCGAGUGACAGACCCAAUCAGUGUCCAGUUUCAGGGAAAAAAAAAAACAAAGAAUAAACAAAAACAUCUGCUUUCCUUACUGUUGGUAUAAACUGCAGUUUUCUGCUGCCAGCAACAACUGACAAGAGGACACAUGCAACAGUAGCAACAACAAUGUAUAACACAUUCUUCCCGCCCACCCACCCAUCCUCACCCACCAGAAAAUACAAAAAAAAAUAAAGAUGAAAUAGAUUUUUUUUUUUUUUCAAAAUUUUUUUCAGGGUGACAUUCCUAAUGAAACAUUAAUGUUGUUUUUUUGUUGUUUUUUUUUACUUGUUUCUUUGUUUUAGUCAAAAACAAACAUUCUUUUACACCCACCAAAAUUCAAUAAAGGUACAUCGUCUAUCUAGCUACUGUAGGUAGGUAGAUAGAGAAAUAGAUAUAUCGGAUAGAUAUUUCUUUUUAAUAUUUCCCUCCCCCCUCUCCAAUCACCCCCCCCACCUACAUUCUGUAAAAAAAAAUAAGAAAAAAAAAGCAACAAAAAGACAACAGUUCUGUUAUCCUAUCAACUAGCAAUAUAUUAUGGCAUGUAAUUUAAUCAAAUGAACUUGAAUUGAUUCUUGUUGUUAAA